CGGCAUCUCCUGGGACUGAUACGAAGUCCCGUACGUGUCCCAUCUCCUAUGGGGGAGUAGGCAGAUCUGAAUUUAGUCGCAGGUUCGGGGUAGGUUCGGCAUGUCCUUGGUUUCUCUCGAGAGUGGCGGCGGACACCUCAGCGGGAGCGUGCUCUCGGAUUGCCGCGAGAAGGAAGAGGGCUUGCGAUCGAGUUACCCGUCCUCCUCCUCCUCCUCUUACUGGGUGGGGUAACGGAGGACACCCUUUUUGCAGAGCUUGUUUGUCAGUAUCACCAUCGCUGUCUCCUCUCUCUUCUUCGUUGUCGUCGGCGCCCAAGCUAUCAGGUCGUCGGCAACUUCAAGGUGUCGGGAUGCUGUCUGAAGAACCGGGGUCGGGAUUAUACGGAAGCCUACAUGUUGUGCACAAGCACACGUGUCGAGCGCAGGGCGCCAGUGGCGGGAUGACCGAGAAAGAAGGCUGGGAGAAACGUAAGGAAGAAGCUGGAGAAGAAGUACUGGGAUCGACAGACUCAUGGCAGUGGUCAUUGAACUGGAAUGAAAUUACUCCAACAAUUGUGGUUGGAGCAUGUCCGAGAAGCGCGGAUGAUGUGAUACCGUUUGAAUCUAUUCGCAAGCGGGCCAUGGAAAAUGGUGUCUUUCUUGCAAGGGUGCCAAUACGAGAUUUUGAUCAUGCAGAUCAGGCAUUAAUGCUUCCUGAAGCAGUACGCAUGCUAAAUGUGCUGGUGUCCCGGGGCCGCCGGGUGUACGUGCACUGUACGGCUGGGAUCAACCGUGCAACUCUGAGUGUUGUUGGCUAUUUGACUUUUGUUCAGGGCUUUACUCUGGAUGAUGCAGUUCAGCUUGUGAAGAAGAAGCGCAAGGUUGCGCAUCCCUAUAUUGACUGCUGGCAGGAAGUGAAAAAGAAACUUCUAGAUGGUAGGCAAGAAGAACUGACGGGACUGUCACGGAAGAUUUAUGAGGGUCGGUGUGAAGGCGGGCAAGAAGGGAGCUCUCAGUCUGAUUGGCAGGCUGCUCAGGGAAUAAACGCUUGUGUUCCAAAUAGCGAGUCUUUGCGCAGUUUGUUUUUAGGUGAGUGUCAUGAUGCCACCGGUCAUUUUGGGUAUAAGAAGACCGCAGCCAACUCGCUGCAGCGAUUUUGGUGGCCCACGAUGAUGGGAGAUGCACAGCUGUAUGUGGCGACUUGUCAAGUUUGUCAACGGGACAAGCCCCGUACUCAAGCUCCUCUUGGGCUGCUUAAGCCCCUUCCGAUUCCGGAAAGGCCAGGUGAAAGCUUGUCCAUGGACUUCAUGGAUACGCUGAUCACCAGCAAGAGUGGAAUGAGGCAGAUCUUCGUCAUCGUGGAUAGAUUUAGUAAGUAUGCUAGAUUAAUAGCCAUGCCGGAAACAACAAAGACCGAGUACGUAAUCAAACUGUUCAAGGAGAACUGGAUCAGAGACUUUGGACUACCAAAGUCUAUUGUUAGUGACAGAGACGUACGGUUCACUAGUGAACUGUGGAAAGCCGCUGCAGCUGAACAGGGAACUCAACUGCAGAUGACUUCUGGAAGCCAUCCAGAAGCUAAUGGCCAGGCGGAGCAGAUGAACCGCACUGUGCAGCACCUGUUGAGGCACUACAUCAAGCCUAACCAGGUGGACUGGGACGAAAAGCUUGCUUUAGUUGCCAGUCUGUAUAACAAUGCUGUACAUAGUGCUACGGGGAGGGCAGCAAUCUGUAGGAUCUUUGCGCGCUGGCUCGAAGUUGAUCUGGGAGCCCUUGAUGUAGAGCGUGAACUUACAGAGCGACGGAUGCAGUCUGCCGUUGACAGAGCGAACGCCUUGGCAGAUUCAGCGAAACGGUUGGCGCGAGAUGCUGAGAAACGGAAGGCACUUGAAGUUACAAAUGGUGCUGCGUUUAGCUAUGCCGCAUACGUGGCAGACGCAGAAAAACUCAUCGAGGAUGAGGUGUAUGAACCGGAAGAGCCGUAUUAUCCAAUGAGCGAGGAGUGUGAUGUUGUCACCAGAGAAUGCACUGCCGAGGCCGAGGAACCCGGUCAAUUUGAUGAUGAAUGGGGUCUGGAUCCACAACAGAGGUCUGAGGUUGGGCAACGCAUUACGGUUGCAGCAGCAUCCUCGUCAUUGACGUCUUCGAAGGUGGUGGCAUCUUCAGUUUCAGUGUCUGUGUCUGUGUCUGCAACGGAAUCUUCUCCGACUUCAUUGCACUCGUCACCGUCUUCGUCUUCUUCGUCAUCGUCAUUGUCCUCAUCCGCCUCAUCAUCAAGUGCUUCAUCAGCUGCAGUGUCGUCAUCCGUGGCAUCGCAUCAAGUGGCAGGAGCAGCUUCUCCUGGUGCUAGCCCAACGCCCCCUUCGACACAGCAACCAGAGCCAUCAUUGGGAGUUCCGCAGGCGGAGACCCAGUCAGAAUCGGUGAGGGAGGAAUCGCGGGCAGAGCUGAAGCCUGGAAGUGCCUUGGCCUCCUCAUCACAUCAACUGCCAGCAGCAGCUUCUGCUGAUGCAAGCACAACGCCCCCAUCGACGCAGCAGCCACAUUCAUCGUUAGGAGUUCCACAGGCGGAGACCCAGUCAGAGUCAGUGAAGGAGCAAUCGCUGCCGGAGCAGAAGCCCGGAAAUGCCUUGCCGUCUUCAUUAUUACAUCAAGUGCCAGAAGCAGCCUCUCCUGACACUAGCCCAGAUCCCUCUUCAACACAGCAGCCACAGGAAUCGCUGGGAGUUCCGCGUGCAGAGAGCCAGUCAGAAUCAGUGAGGGAGCAAUCGCUCCCAGAGUAGAUGCCCGGGAGUGUACAUAAUGUUGCAGAUUAUGCUGGCCCCAACGCAUGAAUCUGAUGGGGCAGGUAACCUUGCGAGACCGUGAUUGACAGCAAAGGCAGUGUAAGGGGUUAGACUACAUUCCAUCUGGGUAUGCAAAUGUACAGUGGGGGAAUUGGGUGGGUAUGGAGGGGGCCUUCUUGGGGCGAAGUUCAAACGGAAGAGCCAGAUCGAAGGUCGCCAUAUCAGGUAUGGAAUCUAUGGAUGACUCACUGAUGUCGUAGAAGUUGGUAGUUGGCAUGAUAUGGCACACAUCUUAUUGACAAUGCCUGCGGGAGAUCCAAACUGCCGUUCUUUGGCCUACAAGGGUGGAGGUGUGUAUACUUGAUAGCCGAGCUUGCAAUAGCCGCUCCCAUCUGUUGGUUUAUCUCGUUAACGGGGGUGGUAGUAGCAGCGCACCGAUUUGCAAGUCGGUAGCUGUGUUAUGGCUGCCGAUUUUGUCGACUGUCGAUUUGCACCUCUGCUGAUUUACUGUGGUAACUGCAGUAACUGUGGUCAGCCUGUCUAUUUAAGAGACGAGGGCGACAUUAACCGAGGGAACCCGUCGAUAAAGUCCGGUAAUUAUCGCAGCUGGGGAUAACUGUGUUGGUUUGCUAGAAGGGAACUUCGUUAACUGUGGUAGCUGGGCAAAUGGGACAGGGCAGGGCAAUCGCGUCCAAAAUGUUGGUUUGCUUCUCGGACAUUAACUGAUCAAUUCCCACCCUCUCAGCCCUCUCUUGAUUUACUGCAGUGGCCAGGGUAACGGGGACAACCAAGGAAGUUGGGAGCGUGGUAAACUGUAUAUUUACGCUGGCGCUUUAAAUUUUUAAGUAGGGAACUAUGUUAACUAUCGUAACUGUGGUAACUCUAGUGACUGAUCAUUUCCCCCCCCUCUCAGCCCUCUGUUGAUUUACUACAGUGGCCAGGGCAACUGUGACAACCCAGGAAUUUGGGAGCCCUCUUAACCGUGGUUAAAAGGUAAACUACAUAUUUAAACUGGUCGUUUUAACUGGUGGCUGUUGUUGUCACUGCUGUAGCUGUGGUGACUAUGUUGACUGCAGUGACUGUGGUAACUGUAGCUACUAUCUCAUCGAUUGAUGAGUUGGGAGAUACGGUGUGUGACGUGCCCGUUUGCCAUGGAACCUGUAGUUACGGUGGCGAGUCCUUCAUUCCACAAAGUGGGAGCUGCGGUAGCUGUGGUAACUUGUCAAUCCGGCUGCGGUAACUUUGGUGGCCUGUUGAUCUACAACGAGGACUGCUGUCAAAUGUUGAUGUACUACGGUACCUGUGGCAACCAUUUGAUUUUUGUUGCUCUACUAAUUUGUAGUUGUUGCGACUGAGCUAAUACGUCGAGUUAGAACCUGGGAGCUGUAGUAACUCUCGCAGGUCCGUAAAUACAUUUACCGAGUGUGGUUAACCGUUUGAGUUGUUGGGAGGUGUGGUAAGUCUUAUAGGUCCGUAGACACCAGUCGUGAUAUGUGGUAGCUUGUGAAUGCCCCAUCAGUUUAUACUGCAGUAGCUGCUGUAACUAUCUAACUGUGGUAACCACUUUACUUACUGCAGUAACUCAACAUAGUUAUGUAACUUACGUACAUGUGAAUCUGCCAUUCAUCAGGACUGGCAACUUGGUAUAAAUAUCAGAAGGAGUUGGGACCUGUCAGAACUGACUUUCUUCUUCUUCUUCUUCUCCUUUUUUCUUUUUUUCUUUUUUUCCUUUUUUUUCUUAAAUCUAUCAUAUCAUCUUCGUACAGUCAGAACAACCUUUCUUAAAGUCUUUUCCCCCCACUCCCACUCCUUGCGCAGGGGCCAUGCUAAUCUUCUCUGUAUUGUUCCAAUGUUAAUGGAUGUCCCGAAGGACUUCUAAUCUUCUCUGUAUUGUUCCAAUUCUAAUGGAUGUCCCAAAGGACUUCUUCUUUCUCGCUUAUCAAUGUUUCUCACUAGGCCAGAAUAACAGUUGGGAGGUUCGGUUCGGUUUGGUCCGCUGGUAAAUUUAUACCUGUGGUAUAAUGGUAUCCACUUGAUUUACUGUGGUAACUUGCAUACGUAACUUACAUACAUGACUCCAAGGUCAAUUGAUUGGGAUUGGCAACGGAGAAGCAAUGCGAGAAAGACGACGGGGGGCACUUUGAGCGCCGACUUUCUUGAAGUUUUUUUGCUUUUCGGGGGAAUGCGAUGGAGGAAAUGGGAUUUGAACCCAUGAACAAUCUUGUCGCAACAUCAACUUGUAUGUUGAUUUAGCGAACCAAUGCCUUCAGCAGUCACUCAGUCAUAAUUCCUGGGAAAGUGGGGAUUUGCACACACGACUUCUGCUGCCGUGAUGGACCAAUUCGCCGUACUAUUGGGUAAUCUGACGAAAUAAUUAUAAAAUAACACGUCUGUGGAAGCCGUGCAGUUCUCAUACUGACUUCUUAAAAGUUUUUCCUUGUCACCUUUGAGACGAACGGUGAGCACGAAGUUCAUAGGACACAACGAACUGACUGAUUACCUCAAGACCGUUGGGUUUAACGGCGAUUGUGAAACUGACUGAUUACCUCAAGACUGAUGGGUUUAGCAGCACUUGUGAAGAUCAAGGGUUAUGGGUUGUGGAACAAAGUGCAGCCGUCAAAACGCAGGCGUCACGGACUCCAUAUCUGUGUACACUGUUAAAAUUUGUCAAUCUCAUGGUCGAUUGCGAGUGUACUUUGUCAUCGUUUGGAUGACCAAGCUUUCACUAAGAGUUGUUUGCACUGCUGGGUGUUCUGCUAUUUUUAUCCAAGACUGUAAAACCCGGACCUUAGCGUUUGAUCUGGGCUUUUUCCCUUUCAACUUCGGAUCUUUAGCACCCGAAGUCUGUCUGCGCGAUGCUCAGUGGCAGGUGAACUAGGUUUUUCCAUGCUGCAAGGUCAACCCAGCCAUGGGGUGCUUUGGGAGCGAAUGCUGGAGCGGAGUUGUUCGGUGCUUUUGAAUGAAGGAUGGGGGCUUCAGAACAACGUGCAAUUCACAAUUUAACUAUUGGCAAUUUGCAAUUUUCAGCCUUUGUGAGGAAACACACACGCUCAUGCGUUGCUUGGCGGCGUUGCCGCCCUUGACAUGGAAAGACUACCGUCUUCCCCCGAACACAACGCACCCUCAUUUUGCCUGUAUCGGGCCGGAAACAUAACUUCUAUAUGUUCAUUUUCAGGGUGCGUUAUGUUCGGGGGAAGACGGUAGCAUCGUGGUCGACAGGAGCUUAUUCUCGGAGGCAGAAUCUCUCUUGUCAAGAAGCACAAAAGUUUGUGCAUUUCCUGCGCAGCUUGAGAUCGAAGGAGAAUGGUGAAUAGCAGAAGCUUCGUGGUUGAGGUAGGAACACUCUUGUCAUUCGACUUUGCUGAGGUCUUCCACAAUCUAAAAGGCAAUUGUUCUUGGUCUGGUACUGAAGCUUUAGCAAGAAGCACAGAAGC